GACACGCACCCCUUCCCUCUCACCUAGCUUUCGAGUUUGCUUUAUUCCCAUCCCAAUCUGGUUUACCCCUUCCCCUGCUCUCUCUCCCUACCCUGCCACCUUCCCUCCGGUUCGCGUUACAAAACACGGCCAUGCCAUCUGCAAAGGUGUCGCGAUGCAUUUCCACAAAUAACCGGUCCAGCGCGCCAGCCCUCGGCGCCCUCUGGCCACGGGGUGCACACCGAGCACAGUGCCACUGGGGUGCCCCGGGGGUUCCACGGGGGUGCCCCAGACCUCGCAGCCUGGAUGCAGUUGCACUCGCGGGGCGGGGCGCAGCGGUGCGGACUCCAGGGGACACCCGCGCCCUGGCCCGGGCACUCGGGCCGGUUUCCGGUACACGCGGGGAAAUCGCCUCCCGCCAGUGUCUGCGCUCUCCCCCGCCUCCGCCGCCUGGAUCGCAUUAUUUUUAUCCGGGUUGCCUUUGCUGCGGAUGGUGCGUCACUCUACGGACUGGCACAGACAAGAGAAGUAGAUGGCCACGCCCACAGACCCAGCCACCAUGCCCCAUCCCGGUCCCUCGCCAGGGCCCGGCCCCUCCCCCGGACCCAUUCUGGGACCUAGUCCAGGACCAGGACCAUCCCCGGGCUCCGUCCACAGUAUGAUGGGGCCAAGUCCCGGCCCUCCCAGCGUCUCACAUCCGAUGCCGACAAUGGGCUCUGCAGACUUCGCACAGGAAGGCAUGCAUCAGCUGCAUAAACCCAUUGAUGGGAUGCAUGACAAGGGGAUUGCGGAAGACAUCCACUGUGGAACCAUGAAGGGCACCGCCAUGCGCCCCCCUCACCCGGGAAUGGGGCCCCCCCAGAGUCCAAUGGACCAACACAGCCAAGGCUAUUUGUCCCCACACCCAUCUCCGUUGGGAGCCCCAGAACACGUCUCCAGCCCUAUAUCUGGAGGAGGCCCAACACCACCCCAGAUGCCACCCAGCCAGCCGGGGCCUCUUAUCCCAGGUGAUCCACAGACCAUGAACCAGGCCAACAGAGGCCCCUCGCCUUUCAGUCCUGUCCAGCUGCAUCAACUUCGGGCCCAGAUUUUAGCUUACAAAAUGCUGGCCCGGGGGCAGCCCCUCCCUGAAACACUGCAGCUUGCAGUCCAGGGGAAAAGAACAUUACCUGGCAUGCAGCAACAGCAGCAACAGCAGCAGCAGCAACAGCAGCAGCAACAGCAGCAGCAGCAGCCUCCACAGCAGCAGCCACCGAUACCACAGCCUCAGUCACAACCACAACCACAGCAGCAGCAGCAGCAGCAGCAGCAACAGCCAGCACUUAUUAACUACAGCAGACCAUCUGGCACGGGGCUGGACGUGCUGGGUGGGCCCAGCGCUCCACAGAAGCUGCAGGUGCCUGCGCCCAGCGGUCGGCCCUCGCCUGCACCCCCUGCCGCCGCACCGCCUGCUGCCGCCGCCGUGCCUGGGCCCUCUGUCCCACAGCCAGCCCCCGGGCAGCCCUCGCCCAUCCUGCAGCUGCAGCAGAAGCAGAGCCGCAUCAGCCCCAUACAGAAACCUCAGGGCCUGGACCCCGUGGAGAUCCUGCAGGAGCGGGAGUACAGACUUCAGGCACGCAUAGCUCAUAGGAUACAAGAACUGGAAAAUCUGCCUGGCUCUUUGCCACCGGAUUUACGAACCAAAGCAACAGUGGAACUGAAAGCACUUCGGUUACUUAAUUUCCAACGUCAGCUGAGACAGGAGGUGGUGGCCUGCAUGCGUAGGGACACUACGCUCGAGACAGCACUCAACUCCAAAGCCUACAAACGGAGCAAGCGCCAGACACUGCGAGAGGCACGCAUGACCGAGAAGCUGGAGAAGCAGCAGAAGAUCGAGCAAGAGCGAAAGCGCCGGCAGAAACACCAGGAGUACCUGAAUAGUAUUCUGCAACAUGCGAAAGAUUUUAAGGAAUACCAUCGAUCUGUGGCCGGGAAGAUCCAAAAACUUUCCAAAGCAGUGGCCACCUGGCAUGCAAACACUGAAAGAGAGCAGAAGAAGGAGACGGAACGGAUUGAAAAGGAGAGGAUGCGGAGACUCAUGGCUGAGGAUGAAGAGGGCUAUAGGAAACUGAUUGAUCAGAAGAAAGACAGGCGCUUAGCUUACCUUUUGCAGCAGACUGAUGAGUAUGUGGCCAAUCUCACCAACCUGGUUUGGGAGCACAAGCAAGCCCAGGCAGCCAAAGAGAAAAAGAAGAGGAGGAGGAAGAAGAAGAAAGCUGAAGAGAAUGCGGAGGGAGGGGAGUCGGCCCUAGGACCAGAUGGAGAGCCAAUAGAUGAAAGUAGUCAGAUGAGUGAUCUGCCUGUCAAAGUGACGCACACAGAGACCGGCAAGGUCCUGUUUGGACCAGAAGCACCCAAAGCAAGUCAGCUGGACGCCUGGCUGGAGAUGAACCCUGGUUACGAAGUUGCCCCGAGGUCCGACAGUGAGGAGAGUGAUUCUGAUUAUGAGGAGGAGGAUGAGGAAGAAGAGUCCAGUAGGCAGGAAACAGAAGAGAAAAUCCUUCUGGAUCCGAACAGUGAAGAAGUUUCUGAAAAAGACGCUAAGCAGAUAAUUGAGACAGCAAAGCAAGAUGUGGAUGACGAAUACAGUAUGCAGUACAGUGCCAGAGGGUCCCAGUCCUACUACACCGUGGCGCAUGCCAUUUCAGAGAGGGUGGAGAAGCAGUCUGCCCUCCUCAUCAAUGGGACCCUAAAGCAUUACCAGCUGCAGGGCCUGGAAUGGAUGGUUUCCCUGUAUAAUAACAAUCUGAAUGGAAUCUUAGCUGAUGAAAUGGGGCUAGGCAAGACCAUACAGACCAUUGCCCUCAUCACUUACCUGAUGGAGCACAAAAGACUCAAUGGCCCCUAUCUCAUCAUUGUUCCCCUUUCGACUCUGUCUAACUGGACAUAUGAAUUUGACAAGUGGGCUCCUUCUGUGGUGAAGAUUUCUUAUAAGGGUACCCCUGCAAUGCGCCGCUCCCUGGUCCCCCAGCUACGGAGUGGCAAGUUCAAUGUCCUCUUGACUACUUACGAGUACAUUAUAAAAGACAAGCACAUUCUUGCAAAGAUUCGGUGGAAAUACAUGAUCGUGGAUGAAGGCCACCGAAUGAAAAACCACCACUGCAAGCUGACUCAGGUCUUGAACACUCAUUAUGUGGCCCCCAGAAGAAUCCUCUUGACUGGAACCCCACUGCAGAAUAAGCUCCCUGAACUCUGGGCCCUCCUCAACUUCCUCCUCCCUACAAUUUUUAAGAGCUGCAGCACAUUCGAACAGUGGUUUAAUGCUCCGUUUGCCAUGACUGGCGAAAGGGUGGACUUAAAUGAAGAAGAAACCAUCCUGAUCAUCAGGCGUCUACACAAGGUGCUGAGACCAUUUUUAUUGAGAAGAUUGAAGAAAGAAGUUGAAUCUCAGCUUCCAGAAAAAGUUGAAUAUGUGAUCAAGUGUGACAUGUCAGCUCUGCAGAAGAUUCUCUACCGCCAUAUGCAAGCCAAGGGUAUCCUGCUCACAGACGGUUCUGAGAAAGAUAAGAAGGGGAAAGGAGGGGCAAAGACACUCAUGAACACUAUCAUGCAGCUGAGAAAAAUCUGCAAUCAUCCUUAUAUGUUUCAACACAUUGAGGAAUCCUUUGCUGAACACCUGGGCUAUUCAAAUGGGGUCAUCAAUGGGGCUGAGCUGUAUCGGGCCUCAGGGAAGUUUGAGCUACUUGAUCGUAUUCUGCCCAAACUGAGAGCGACUAACCACCGCGUGCUGCUUUUCUGCCAGAUGACGUCUCUCAUGACCAUCAUGGAGGAUUACUUUGCUUUCCGGAACUUCCUUUACCUGCGCCUUGAUGGCACCACCAAGUCUGAAGAUCGUGCUGCUUUGCUAAAAAAAUUCAAUGAACCUGGGUCCCAGUAUUUCAUUUUCCUAUUGAGCACACGGGCCGGAGGCCUGGGCUUAAACCUUCAGGCUGCGGACACAGUGGUCAUCUUUGACAGCGACUGGAACCCUCAUCAGGAUCUGCAGGCACAAGACCGGGCGCACCGCAUCGGUCAACAGAACGAGGUCCGGGUGCUGAGACUCUGCACCGUCAACAGCGUGGAGGAAAAGAUUCUUGCAGCUGCAAAAUACAAGCUGAACGUAGAUCAGAAAGUUAUCCAGGCUGGCAUGUUCGAUCAGAAAUCUUCAAGCCAUGAGCGGAGAGCAUUCCUGCAGGCCAUAUUGGAGCACGAAGAGGAAAAUGAGGAAGAAGAUGAAGUGCCGGACGAUGAGACUCUGAACCAAAUGAUUGCUCGGCGAGAAGAGGAGUUUGACCUAUUUAUGAGAAUGGACAUGGACCGGCGGAGGGAAGAUGCCCGGAAUCCAAAGCGCAAGCCUCGCUUAAUGGAGGAAGAUGAGCUGCCCUCCUGGAUUAUUAAGGAUGAUGCCGAAGUGGAAAGGCUCACAUGUGAGGAGGAGGAGGAGAAAAUCUUUGGUAGGGGAUCUCGCCAGCGCCGUGAUGUGGACUACAGUGACGCCCUCACGGAGAAGCAGUGGCUCAGGACCGAAUCUUCAUUCCCUGGAGCUGUUCCUUACUGGUCCCAACUCUAUUCCCGGGGGUGAACAGAAUAAUAUGCUCCCUGUCUGCAGUUAACAUCACAGCCCUUGUGGCUGAAAUGUUAGCGGUCUCAUGUGAGCCUGGAGUGGACUUCCCUUGUCACAACUCAUAUCUAAUUUCCUAAUAUUCUUGGUCAUGGCCAGUUUGCCUGAUUUUUUGUGUAUCUUCUAUGCUGAAUCCAUAUCUCGAUAGACUUGAGGACUUCCGUGUGCAAACGAAGUGUGUGCCCUGAGUGUCACAUUGACUGCACUAGACUGAAGUGUGAGAAUGCAGAGCAGGGGACAAAGUGCCCAGCUAAACCUUAGGCACAUAAGCAUGAUUUUUAACAUUACAAGUUUAUUUCUCACUCUCACCAGAGUCUCUGAUGUCUUCCCCACUGGUCAGUGUUUGUUCUCCAAAGGCCAUAAAGGGACCCAAUCUCUGCAGCCUGGUCAUCUCCAGUCUCAUGAGCAGAGUUCUAACUGGCUGUGCCUGGAUGGUCACACAUCACUUCCGCUCACAUUUUAUUGGCCAGAACCUGUUAGUGUGACCACUCCAGCUGCCGAAGAGGCAGGGAAGUGUGACCUGGGAAACCUGAGCCCAGGAAAGCAAGAUUUCAUUGAAUGGCAAGCAGUCUCUGCCUCGGCACACUUAGGUUGCGUUUAAGCAAUACUGCUGCUCAACUUGAAAAAUGUAUUACAGUUUCAUCACAAACAGGUUUUAUUCUGUAAUCAUAUUGUGCCAAAAAGAAGUUCCCAGUGUCCUUGAGAGGAUGUGUUUAGUUGGAGGAUUGUAAAAACAAAAUUUUCUGUGUGUAUAGUGUUGUUUUUAAUGAGGA